CCGCCUUCACACCACCCAACAAUAGCAGGCCCCGAGCCGGGCCGUGUCGCGGGAGGAUGCGCCAAAGGCAAAAGUGAUGAAGGGAAGCCUGGAGGUUGGGCUUGUCAUAGUGUCCAUCAUUGGGCCCCUGAAGACAGGAAACGAUGUCUGAAAUUGAGCUGCAGUGUGAGAUGAAGCCAGAAGGGGAUGGCCAUGAGCCAAGGACACCCCAGGAUCUUCUGCAGAGACUCCGAGAGCUAGAGGCAGAGAAUUUGGCGUUGGUGCAAGCCAAUGAGAACCAGCGGGAAACCUAUGAACGCUGCUUGGAUGAGGUAGCCAACCACGUGGUACAAGCGCUAUUAAACCAAAAAGAUCUCCGUGAAGAAUGCAUCAAGCUGAAGAAACGGGUCUUUGACUUGGAAAGGCAAAACCAGGCUCUCAGUGAUCUUUUCCAUCGAAAGCUGACUUCUGGAUCUCUCUCCCAGACUCCAGCCCAUCCAGCUUCCUUGCUCUCCAGUCCAUCCCCGAUCUCCCAACCAGGCACAGUAGAGAAGCUCCCGGUUUCGUUUCCCCUGGGACGGUGCCUGUUGCAGAGAGAGGUCAUCUCUGGGGAACACUGUCUGGAAAUUCCUGGAUCUAAUCCCCAGUCUCUGGAAGCUCUCUCCCCUUUCCUGCGGAAGAAGGCCCAAAUCCUGGAAGUGCUUCGUUCCCUGGAAGAGAUGGACCCUCUGCUUGCCUUUCCUUCCCCUUGGAGACACCCAGGGCAGCUGAGCUCCCCAGAAGGAGUGACGGCAGAAGCCUGGCCAUGUCUGUUGCUGGCUCAGGGGGAAGGAGCGCCCGGGCAGCCUCCGCUGAAAAGUGAGGGCAGCUCCUCCUCCUCCUCCGAUGAGGCUGGGGAACCUGAUCCUCCAGAGAAAGGACACCCGGGGCAAGUAUUGCUGAGUGCCCUGGCUGAACACAAGCUGGAAUUAGGUGAGGUGGAGACCUACCUGCAGCAUGUCCUUCGGGAGGCUGGCGACAGUGCCCUGCUCAAUGGGGAGCCCAGUGGACCCUGCUUGAUGGGAAACCCCGAAGGGCAGGCCAGGAGCUACAAGCACAUGCAGGCUGUGAGUUGCCUAGAGGCCUUGGGGCCUCCCUCUGCCUCCACGGAGCCGGCCUACCUGAGCGUCCUGGCCUCCAGCGAAGACAAAGAUAAGUCUCAGCAGGGGCUCCCUAUCCCGUCCCCCUCCAAGGUGCUCAAAUUGCUGAAAAUGCCACCGCCACCCAGCCACGCUGCCCUUCGCCUCAGCCCGCAGCUCACCCGCAGCUCCAAAAUCCCCUGCCGCAGUAACACAUACGAGGUGUACCACUCCCCAACGCCAAGCCGCAAGGGCUCCCCCGACAGCCCUUUUCCUGCUGACUCUGGCAUUGGCGGAGGGCAUCCCUCCCCCAAGGCCGGCCGACCCCUUGUCCCAGAGUCCCCUCCCAUCGCUCCCACAUUACCAGACCCUUUUGGGUACCACAAACCCCACGAGUACGAGAACAUCUUAGAGCUGACCCUCAGCACUGCCGUGAGCUCUCGGUCCCCCUCAUCCCGUGAAACCAAACUGGAUGCACCUGAGGCACUCCUGCCUUCCUGCCGCUUGGCUCUUCAGGCAGUGCCGACCGGUGACGUCCCUCUGGAGCCCUGCCCUGCUGGCCACCGAGAAAAGUCGGGCCCAGAGAUCAGGCGCUCGCCUCCUCUGGCCCGCAGGAACCCCGACAACUCCAAGAGAGGCGCCAGCGGCUCUACCAAGCGGAUGCUCGAGGUGGCAGCCAGCAUGCCUUUCAAAGAGCGGCUGACAGUGCUUGGGAGGUUGAAAGGGGCGGAAGGGAAAGAGGGACCGGGCUUUGAGAAGGGGAGGGCCCCAACCCGGCCAGGGGAGCGUGGGGAAAGCCUUCCCGAUGCCUACCCCAGGCUGGGCUCUGGGAGCAGCAGCCUCAAGCACCCUGAGCCUUGCCAUGCGAAUGAAUCAACCCCUCGUUGCUACUCUUCCCAUUCUGUGGGUUCCCGUGGCAACGACGCUGAGCACCAGGCCUCCAAGAAUCGUUCCCUAGGAACGCCAGCAAACAGAAAUCCCUCCAAACCCCUGCCGCCCGGGAAGAAUGCCAAGAGUCCGCACGGGAGCCCCACCAAGUUACCGUCCAAGUCCCCAACCAAACCCCCUGCUCCAGAACCCAAGCCAUGCCCACCCACAGCCAAGGCACACAGCAGUUUUGGGCGCAAGCAUCCCCCUGGUCCUGACCAGGCCAAGGGCAAAGCUGGGUCUCCCGCCAGUAUUGAAGAAAAGGUGAUGAAAGGCAUUGAAGAGAACGUCCUGCGAAGGCACAGAGGUGGGCCGGCCCCAGGGGAAUCCAAGCAGAAGAAUUCGAGUGGUCUUGCCAGUUGGUUUGGCCUGCGUAAGAGCAAGCUGCCUGCCCUCAGCCGGAGGCCGGAGACUCCCAAAGCCAAGGACAGCAAAGCCGGCUCACGCAAGCUGGAGUCGGAAAGCUUGAACAUUUCCAAGCUCAUGGAGAAGGCAGAGGACCUGCGCAAAGCCCUGGAGGAGGAGAAGGCCUACAUCAACGGGCUGGCCCUGGACAAGCCUCGGUCCCACACCUGUGACACGGGACACAGCCAGCUCACCCUUAUGUACCAGGAGGUGACUGCGGAGAACUUCAUGCAGCAGCUGCUCAAUAGGGUGGAUGGGAAAGAGGCACCGUGUGAGUCUCAUCUGGAGCAGAAGAAUGAGCUACAGGGCCUUCAAAGAGGCCUGCGUGAUGCCAAAGAUCCCCGCCUUAUCCGUCCGCCACGCAACGGUAUUGUUGGGCACCUCCAUGCCUGUCCGGAAGCUCCAGACAAGCUUCACGAAGCUGCCUUGCGGGAAGAGCUGCCAUCUGAUGACAGCUUGGCUGAACUGGUGACCUCCCAGCACUUUGCCGUGUGUAGUUCCUUGACACGGACUCUGGACAGUGGAAUUGGCACAUUUCCCCCUCCUGACUACUGCAGUGGGAUGCCCUGCAAGAGUGUCCCGAAACUGAGACCUCGAUUGGAUCCUCCACCAGCAGGACCUCUCCCACCUAGAGGUCCCCCACUUGUCACCAGAGUGCCCCGCAAAGCCCGAACGCUGGAAAGGGAGGUGCCAAGCGCAGAGGAUCUGAUGGGGCCUAGCAAGCACCAAAGCAUGCCAGCUUUCCAUGGCAUCUUAACCAGUGCAGAGCCAGCCCUCAGCCGCCAUGAUCGCAGAGGCUGCCUGCAAGAUCUCUGCAGUGAAGCCAGCAAUCCCCGCCGUAUCCAACAUGGCAAGAACUGGACUUUCCCUAAUGCCAAAGCAUCAGCGGGCAUGGAUCCCUUUCUCUGCUCUCCUGACAGGCUGGAAGAGCUCCAUGGUUCUGCAAUGGGUUCAGCUUGCAAUGUAGUCGAGAGAAGACGGGCGUCCUCCGAAGGGCCUCAGGCCUCCCCGGCCUUCAGCACCAGCAGCAGCCGAACCCCCAGUGCUUCUGAUGUGGGUGAAGAGGGCAGCACAGAAGCCUGUUCCAGGGAUAUGGGUCCAGAGGGCCAGCCAGGCCUGGAGAACUCGGAGUCCCUCAGUGACUCUCUCUACGACAGCUUGUCCUCCUGUGGCAGUCAGGGCUGAAAAGCCUCUCGAGGGAGAACGAGGGCAUAGACUUCCUGGGUUGACACACUGCCACAUGCUCCUGCCUGGUGCUUUGAGGGCCCAGCGCUUGCCCAUAGGAUCCUGCUUGAUUCUUCUAAACCAAAUCAUGACCUGCACCAGAACGUAAUGUGUCUUCCACACCAGCUCCCUGCCCAUUCUUAAGCAGGGAAAUGGGACUUCUUCAGCAGGGCACCACCUGACUUGCCUAUUAAAAGAGACAGGAAGGGAAGGGAAGGUGGGCAGGAUGGGAAGGGGUUGUGGGCAUCUUCACCUGUUUGAAUGGCAUCAAUUGGGGUGGGGUGGGGGUUGCACACCUAAGUAGUGUCCCUUUGGUGAAAGCACCGCGAGUGGGAAGGGAGUCCAAUUGGUCUUGUUCAUCCAUUAUGCAACUUGGUGGGUUUGCUGUGGAGGAAAAUGGAACCAGGGAUGGUUACGGGUUCCAGGGUACAUUAAGCAGAGAUUAUCUCCCUUAAAAGGGAAGUGAUUCCAAUUCACAUAUUGCACCAGCAGAACACUCUCUUGCCCUGACCUCCCUUUUGCAGGCGGGAAGGGGUGGUGCUAAUUACGAUGCCCUUGCCAGGGGGAGGAUUUUUUUCCCCAUCCUUGUAUCUAUCCAAACUGCCCUCCUUACCUCAGUGGCAGUGCAGUGCUUGCCUUAGCAAAAUUACCGAAGCCCGCCCUUCCACCCCUUGACGCUUAAAAAGCAUGUGAAAUUUUGCCAAAACCAGGACUCCCGUCCAUCGGGAAAGAGGAGUGAAGUGGGCCUUCCAUCCAUUUCUUUCAUUCAAGCAUGUGGCUGCUUGGGGGUGGGGUGGGGGGUACCAAACUGAUGUCUAGGGGGUGCGGAUGCUUGACGAGAAGGACCCCUCUUGACAAGCAUCUUAAUGUGAGUAGGUUCACUUUUCUCUCAUUGUAUUUCAUCAAAUGGUCCCUCCCUCCUUUUCCUUCCUUGCUCCCAAAUCCAGUUGAAGGAACAAGAACCUUAGAGCUACUGUGUGUCUGGGUUAGAUAACUUGGGCCUUCACUUCUUGCUCCCUUUCUGUGUAAUCUUUUUCUUUUUAAUUAAGAAACGUUAAGUUAUUAAUGUUGUUGAUCUGGUUUCCAUGCAGCCUAGCCGCGUUCUCUCCCAUCCUUGUUUCCACGGGAGCUGUUUUGGUUCCCUAGAUGGUGCUAUUUUGCUGUGUGUACAGGUCCCCUUUCCCGAUGAGUCUUCCUUUUUGUUGUCUUUUUUUUUUUUUUACUUCGAUAUAUUUUAAAACAUUAAGAUGUCUUUUGCUCCUUUUUUAUUUAUAUAAGUUAUUGUGAAAUGAGGCUGUCUGUUGUCUUGAAUCUCCUAGAAAA